AUGUUUGUUUGUCAUUCCUCCUCUGGCACUCUUGUUCUCCUUUUGUAUGUUGAUGAUAUUAUUGUCACUGGCAGUUCCUCAUCUCUUCUCGAUGCUCUUAUCGUCACUUUACAACGCGAAUUUGCCAUGAAGGAUCUCGGAUUGCUGCAUUAUUUUUUGGGUAUUGAGGUUCAUCUCUCCCCCUCUGGUCUUCAUCUAUCUCAACAAAAAUAUGCGCAUCAACUGCUUCAGCGACAUGGUUUUCUUGACAGUAAGCCCGUUUCUACUCAUCUUUCGCCAACGUCUCGUCUCUCUUCCCAUGAGGGGCGUCUUCUUGAGAAUCCAUACAUUUAUUGUCAGAUAGUUGGUGCUCUCCAGUAUCUCAUUUUCACCAGACCGGACGUUUCAUAUGCUGUCAAAUCUGUUGCCCAGUAUCUCCAUGCACCUCGUGAAUUGCACAUGCAAGCGGUCAAGCAUAUUCUGCGCUGUAUUCGGGGGACGCUGUCUUAUUGCUUUCCUAUCUCUCAUUGCGACAAUCCUUCUUUUGUAGCCUUCGCUGAUGCUGAUUGGGCUGGUUGCUCGGAUACACGUCGCUCUACUUCUGGAUAUUGCAUUUUUCUAGGGCCAAAUCUUAUCUCCUGGUCCGCUAAGAAACAACCCACCAUUUCUUGUUCUAGUUCUGAAGCAGAGUAUCGUGCUGUAUCCUACACAAUUGCUGAGAUAGUCUGGAUUCGUCGUCUCCUUCGUGACCUUUGUGUUUUCUUAUGGUGCUCUAUUAGUAUUUAUUGUGAUAAUCUUAGCACCACCUACCUUGGGGCCAAUUCUGCUCUCCAUGCUCGCACGAAGCACAUUGAGCUUGACCAUCAGUUCUUGCGGGAAAAAGUUCAGUCUGGUGAUUUGGCCUUAAUUCAUAUCCCUUCUGACAAGUAA